GUUUUACGUAAAACAAAAUUACUUUUAAAUUUUUUAUGUUUAAAAAAUUGGCAAUUUAGCAAAAUAUUGCCCAUUAUAUUAGCAAUUACAAGUUUAUUUUCGAAAGCAAAAGGGAACGUUACGCAAUUAAAAAGCUUGCGGGAAAUAUUGCUAUUAAGCAAAAAAAGCACAAAUUGUUUAAAGCGUUUCGGAUUCGUUGGAAUUUAA